AUGUUUGGCGAUAUCGAAGACCUGGUUCUCUCUGGCAAGCUCUUUGCCCCGGCGUCCCGCUCGAACUCCCCCGUCCGCUCGCGAUCGCCCUCGCCCGGCCCCGCACCAUGGCCCAAACAAGGAGAGGACUUCGACUACGACUCCGAUGCAGAGCGCCGCGCGGAGGUCGAGGCGCACAUCGCGUCGCAGCAGCAGCCAGACUCCAUCGGCAUGGGCCCCGGCCGCACCGGCGUGAAGGGCGUCAUCCGCGACCGCGCAGAGGCCGAGUCGCUCGCGCGUGCAAAGCGCGCCGAGGAAGUGAAGGAUCUCAACCGCGCGAUGGAGAAGGCGAGUCUGGGCGGGAAGACGUGGGCGGAGGAGGACAGGGAGCAGCGCGCGGAGCUCGCGCGGCUCGAGGGCCCCAGUGUGCCCAAGUCCGCGCGCGGAGGCCGGUUUGGACAUCUGCGGGAGGUCGGGGUGCGCAGCUUCGUGCAGUCGGUAGAGGAGGGCCCCGACGUGUGGGUGGUCGUGCACAUAUAUGAUCCGUCGUUGGAUCGGUGUGCUGCUGUGGACGAGACGCUCUCCCGGCUAGCCCGAUCCUAUCCCUCCACGAAGUUCCUACGAGCACGCGCCGGUGCGAUCGGCUUUGCCUCGUCCGGCUCGAGGCCUAGCGCGGGUCCCGUUUCCUCACUCAAUGCAUCGCGUCUAAUGUCCCAACAACGAGGCGUACCAGCACGACGAGACGAUCACUCCGACGACGAGGAUGAAGAUGAAGAUGACGAGCGCGGGGACGCCGACCAGUGGGAAGACGACGAGGUCGACACCGAUGUCCUCCCGACCCUUCUCGUCUACCGCGGCGGUGAUCUCGCACACUCCUGGGUCCGCGUGGACUGGGAAGCCAAACAGGGCCUCGAGGAGUUCCUGAAAAGACAUGCCAUCCUCACGUCUCCCCGGCACUAUGGUGGCGUGAGCGCAGGAACCGCGGGCGGCUCCGAUGACGACGACUUUGACGAUGGGGAGCUCGUAUUUGGGAACAGCGAUGACGAGCGGUGA